AUUCUCGAAGCAAUAACAUCAUUAUAAGAUUUGUUUUCUUCCAUUCUGCUGUUCAAUAUCGUUCGGAAAGCUUAGAUCCAGUGAAGAAAUCAGGAUAUUGUAGUGCUUCAGUGCUAUCUGAGGAGAUUCUGUAUUAUACUUAUUACUGUUUGAGGUGGUAACGAUUCAGCGCCUAUACGGACACGGCAGCUUUGACUGUAUCGGCGUCACAGGCGGAGCCGGUUUGCAUCCCCGAACUAUUGGUUGAUCCGAGAUAUAGGAUCGUUCCACUUUUUGGCCGAUCUGAAAGCAAAAAAUCAUCAAGAGCACAGCAGAUCGAGCUUCAUCAAUUCAAGUAAACGUCAAAUUGUUUUUCAAGAUGUCCGACCGAGAAAUCGCUAUUCCGACACCUCCUCUCAACUCACUUUGCUGAAAUCCAUGCGAAAUCUUUUUGACACUUCACCGAGAUCAUCAAAAUUGAUAUUGAGAAAAAAAGAAGAAGGAAUAAACCAAAACAAAACAAACCGCGACAAAGCCGGCAAAGCUACGAAUAAUUUUGAACAUGGACAAUGCAAAGCCGCAACGUGCGUACGCGCAGAAGAAUACGGAGCUCUGCCUGCGUUUGGCAAAUGCCGUGGAACGGCAGCCGAUAAUAUACACAAAAAGUUCCCGUAAUUACAAAAAUCGCAACUUGCAGAACGACGCUUGGUCUUGCGUCGCAACGGAGGUUGGAACCACAAUCGUUGAGGCUAAGCGCCUAUGGACCAACAUGCUAUGUAGCUUUCGAUCAUAUCGGUCGAAAGAGCAGCAGAGCAUGCAUACUGGAGCAGCAUACGAUGAAGUUUUCCGUCCGAGGUGGUUCACCUACGAGGCGAUGAUGUUCAUGGCGAAUGCCAUGGAGGACAACGUCCAUGCCGAUACGAGGUGUCCGACAUCAACUAAAAUCGAGCCAACGGAAACCUGUCGAUCUGUUACACUAUAUGACCGUAUCUGUUCAGGCGUGCAGGUCUGAGUUCAUUUAGCGGUAUACUCAAUGUUUCUCAACUUUCCAUGUAGUGCAGUGGUGUUAUUUUUAUUUUAAAACAUUUAAACAUUUAAGAUUUUUUCUAUGCCACUAAAAUUUACAAAAAGCAAUAUUUACAUUUUGCAUCACCGAUUCGUUGCUCCCUUCCCAAGGUUCCCUUGUCCCGACCAAUGCUCCACAACGGCGUCGAAGAAAUCAUGAUGGCGGGGGCAGUGAGUUGAGCGAGGCCCUCAAGCAGCUGAUGGAGGCCACAAGGGAGAAUGCACACUCCCGGGAGAACACGUUUGGCCGCUGGGUCGCUGAAUUUCUCCGACGUUUUUCACCCGAAGAACAAGAUUUUGUUACGUCGAGGAUUCAGCGAUCCAUGCUCGAUGCGGAAGAUUUAGUUUUGGCCAAACGUGCUAACCGGGAGUAGUGUUUUUCUUUAGCAUACCCAAAUAGCCAAAUUAUCUUAAGCAGCCAAUUUCAGCACGCUAAAGAUCGCUGAUCUAGUACGUCUUUUGCAGUAGAUAAGCAGCGUCAUAGUUCGACGUACCUUUAACCGGGCCUUAAGCAGCUAUCGUAUUUCAAGCCGUUAAAGAAAGUUUUUAUGCGCUUUUUAUUUUCAAGCAAAUCGUCUGUUUUGAGAUAACCGCAAAAAAGUGGAAAAAAUGUGAAUUUCUGGGUAGCGACAUUACCACCGCUUGUAUGGCUGUGUGUAUUGAUGAUUGAUGAUUUGUUAUCAGAUAUUUUUAUAUCGUAUGUCAGGUAGAUCUGUUAGUAGUGUGAGUGAGUGUGUAUUUUGGUAUUGCAUCUUUUAUUAACGUCCCUAUUUAUUAUUGAGAAUUGAACAUGGUAUUUCCUGCGUGAAAAGCGCUGCCUUUGUCGUUUGUACCAAUAGUUCUGUCGUUGCUCAUCAUGCUCUACCUAGACAAAAAGAAGUUAAGCAGCAAUCAUCGAACAUUCGAAGCGGUAAGGUUUUGUUCCAUAUGUUAUUGUUGUACACUUCUGUUUUUUUCUAACUUUUCUUUUCUGAGGGUUACUCAUUGAUGCUUUGCACAUUUGUAUCAUGCGUACCGAAGCGACAGCGACAAAAAAUCCAACAAACUGUAUUGGGCCUUUGGAACCAGUCUUAGCAUGCACAAACAUGGUGUCGAUCGCUGGAUCAAUAAGGGGAGAAGGGCAGCGAGCGGUGAGAAUAUAAGAGGAACACAGAAUGGAAUGGCACAACACUAGAAAAUUUUGGCAAGUGGAGAAAAUCGUAAACAAAAAUCCCGGAUAGGAAAGCCUUUACACCCAGCACUUAGUCCGAGUAGACGCAAAAAGUGUAAGACAUUGCAUUGCAAAACUUAAAAGAUGCCGUUCAAUAUCGAAGAAACAGUGGAUAACAGAGAGCAUAAGGAGUUGUUAGCGGUUCCUGUACCUUGGGUCCAGGGAACGAGCAAAGGAACGACGAAUUUGUUGUGGCCGAAUAUACGACAAAAGGAUCGGUUGAAUAAACUGAGCAUGUGUAGAGGAAAAUCCCGAAAACAUUUACGACGUGUAUAGAAGUGUCUUCAAAGAAAGGCCGGUAGAGUGUGUGGACAGUAAAUGGAUGGACGAACUGAUUUGCAUCAUCUGGCUGGUGAAUCUGCUAUUAUUGCUCAUUGUGAUAUCGCAUUUCCCUUCUCAUUAAUGCACUAUACACGCCGUUUACCAGUUCACGCAACACAGCCUCCUUUAUUCAGCAUUCAACUAAGACUGGCGGCCUCUCAUCCAUUGCCGUUCCGCACUCACACCACUACAUUCAUACUCAGGAUCCCACACUCAUCAUCUUCUGAACUGGAACUGUCGGAUAUUUGUUCAACCGCAUGAUCAAAGUUUGUUGAUUCUAAAAGAAGAAAUAGAAUAUAAAAACAUAGUCUCAAAAGUAAAUUACUACACUGA